AUAAUCAUGAAGUAAAACAAUACAAUUGUUAAGUUUUGUUUAGAUUUUGUUUCGGACUCGUAUGCCUCUAAAAUUUGCAUUACCCACAAAGUUCUUUAAACUUUUUAAAGAAAUAACACCUUCAUUUAAUAUUUAAGUGCACAUAUCAGAUUUUGCUAUAUCAAACGCAAUUUUUAUUUUUUAACUUAAGAUUAAUAUUGAAUUAAGAUGAACGCAUACAUUCCUAUUGCCAGUGCAAUAGCAUUACCUCAUGUUGGGGGCAUAUUAACUGCAUUUUUAACAAGAAAAGAAAUCAAAGGUUAUUAUGAGAAACUCAAGCUUCCCUCUUGGAGACCCCCUAACUACGUCUUUGGCCCAGUGUGGACAACAUUGUAUACUGGAAUGGGUUAUGCUUCAUACUUAGUUUACAGAGAUGGAGGAAUGUGUGACCCCAACGGAGCUGCACAACUACCUCUGAGACUAUAUUAUUUGAAUCUCGCUUUAAACUGGUCAUGGUCAAUCAUAUUUUUUAAGCUUCAUAAGAGAGGAUUGGCCCUUGCAGAAAUACUUGCAUUAUGGGUUAACAUUGGAGCAUGUGUGUACACAUUUUAUCCCGUUAAUAAGACUGCAGCUUACCUUAUGUUGCCUUACUGGGCUUGGGUGACCUUAGCUUCAUCUUUGACCUACUGCAUCUGGAGAGACAAUAAAGACAAGAAAGAUUAAUUACAUGUAUAAUAUAUAUCAUUUGCUUUUUUUCUAAUACAGGCUCAUUAAUUUUCAAAGGUUUGAAAAUGUAAAAUCCUGUUAGGUUACUCAAAUACAUUGAUAUUUUUUCUAUAGGCAUGCUGUUUAGCUAUA